AAAUUCAACUAAUACUUUACUGAUCAUUUACGCACAGCCUAACUCAUAGCUACACGUACCUACGUACACCGUCACUGGCGUGGAAAAGGGUAUUAUUUCAUUCACCAUUAAGCAAUUAUCGCUGAUUUUUAUUUUUUAUUUUUUAUUUAGAUUUUAAAUACGCCGCCCGCUUCUUCGACAAUCCCCCAUUAUGGGUUUCACAGCUUGGCCAUCAUCAUCGCCAAACUGCAGGUACGUGGCUCCUCGUGGCGCGCUCGAGCUCGUGGACCCCGUGCUUGAUUCGAACACCGCAUUCGCUCCGGAACACGUCGCCUCAUCAAGCAGCGUCUCUGACCAUUUUCUGCAGGCAUUCGCCACACACCGCCAUGGUGGGUCGCCAGCUCGUGCUGAUGCUCUGGAGGGACACCUACGUCCGUCGCUUCCGACGCAGCCUUCCGAGCGUCAUAGCGCAGACGGCGUUGGUGCUUCUAGUCAUCUACACGCUCAAUAGCGACAUUGGCGACGAGCCAGACACCGCCGAGUGGGGAGGCGACAGCAAGGACCAUUGGGCCACGACGCGGGACACACAGGAGGCCGAGAUGACGACGACGACGACGACGACGGCGGCGGCGGCGACGACAACAGCCCAGAUGCACGGGCCGUGGAACGCCCGAGAUCCGGCUACUACGGCUAUGCCGGCGAGGCGGUUCGAGCCUUCGCACCCACUCGACGGCUGGUUUUCGGGGCCCGGAGCGUACGUCGAACAGCUCUGCUAUGUGACGGGCAAGCGCUUCUUCGAACCGGUUGCGCGGCGGGCGGCGAGCAUCCUCAACAUCAGCAAGGUGACCCCACUGGCUAGCAACGACGAGCUUACGUCGUACUUCAAAAAAGCCAAAUGGACUCAGCCCGGAAGUUUGAUUGCCGUCGUCUUCAGAACGCCGUCACUUAGCGUGACAGCUACGGCUCACCAACGAGGCGCUGACGACGACGAUGCGGCCAUUGGGGAUGGCAACCAUGACGACGACGUACUUCAUUGGAAAAUGGACUACGAGGUUCGCGUGCACGGCGUCGAGUUCGACGUGAACGUGCGCUACCGGCGCUUCCUGGUGCUUCCGUCUACGCUCAACCUGCGAACCUUCAGCGAGAUGACGUACUUGCUGCCGGUGCAGUACGCGGUCGAGACGGCCUACCUGGAGGCCAUCAGCAGGGAGGAGAGAAAGCCCCUAGACUACGAGGUUGUGCUGCGCCGAUUCCCGUACCCGAGCCUGUACCCGGAGGAUUUCCCGACCACCUACUGCAGGGCGGUGAUCCGCUUCGCGGUAGCCUUCUGGCUGCCUUUCAUCCUGCUCGUCGUCCACAUCGUCGACGAGAGGGCGAGCGGCAUGCGGCAGCAGCUGCGCCUGUACGGCGUGAGGGACGCCACCUACUGGCUCUCCCACUACCUCGGCAUGCUCAUCAUGGCGGCCCUGAUGGGCGCGUUCGCGCUGACCUUCCUCUACGUGAUGCUUGGCGACGACUACGGCAACCCGUACAUCGCGGCCACCAACCCGGGACUCGUCUACGCCGUGCUGCUGUGCUUCGGCAGCGCGCUCGCCGUGCACGCCAUGCUGCUGUCGCUUUUUUUCGCCAGCACUCGCCUUGCCGGUCUUGUGUCGUCCAUGUACUGGUUCCUGAGCCUGUUGCUGCCGUACCUGUACCUGCAGAACCCCUACGGCUUCGGCUACUAUCUCGUCUCCAGGAUAAGCAAGCUGAUGACCUCCGCAGUGCCAGGCAUGUUUCUGCAUUGGUGCUGGAUGGUCAUCGAGCGGCUAGAGCGGUUCGAGGGCGGAGCCGGCUUCAUAAACUUUGCAAGCCCGACCAACACGCCGGACAACGUCACCAUCCUGCAACUGAUGACCGUGAGCGUGUUGUCCAGCCUCGUGCUGGUGAUCCUCAUCUGGUACAUCGACAACGUCACCAACUGCAACCGGACUAAGACAGCCCAACCGUUCUACUUUCCAUUCAAAGGGGCAUACUGGAAGCCGCCGGUGAUCACGGAACCACCUCCGGCUUGUUCGACAUCGCGGUGCAAGUACUACGAGCCAGAACCGGCAAACGUUGAACCCACGUUACGCAUCAGCGGUGUGUCGAAGAGGUUUGAGAACCAGGUUGUCAUGAACGACGUCAGCGUCAACGUAUUCAGCAAGCAAAUCACCGUACUCCUAGCGCCACCCGGCUGCGGAAAGACGACCAUCAUGAGGUUGAUCACAGGUUCCAUCGCACCCAACGCCGGAACAAUCACCGUGGGUCCGUAUGACGUCAUUCAGAACGGCGACGGAGCCAGGAAGCUGCUCGCCUACUGUCCGGCAGACAACAUUCUCUUCACCGAGCUCACCGUGGAGGAGCACCUCACCUUUUUCGGAUCGGUAAAGGGCAUUCCCAGAGACACCGUACGCAGUGACGUGAGCCGGCUGAUGCGCGACACCGGGCUGGCCUACUACCGGCUACGGCGCACCAACGACCUCCCCGUCAGCGCCCAGCGCCUCCUGUGCACCGCCAUCGCGUUGAUGCCAUAUCCCGACGUGCAGAUGAUACUUCUGGACGAGGCGACGAGCGCCAUGGACCCUCGGACCAGGCGAGAGACGUGGGAACUGCUGUUCAAAGUCCGGCGGUACAAGGGCGUGUUCCUCACCACCAGCGACUUUGCGGAGGCCGAGGCCCUGGCCGACCGCCUCGUCGUCCUCCAGCACGGAGAGCUGCACUGCGUCGGCUCGCCCGAGUACAUCAAGACUCAGUUCGGCAUGGGAUACGUGCUCCGACUCAGCAAGGGCAAAGACUACCAAGACGCCGGCGUGCAGGCCCUCAUCCGCAAGCACUCCCCGUCCGCCGAGAAAGUGAUGGACAAGUCGACGAGCGUCCAGUUCCGACUCACCGGCAGCUCAGAGAUCAUCUCGACUCUCAUGCGUGACCUCUUCUACGAACUGGAGGCGGCCAAGUCCAAACUGGGCGUCGUCAAGAUGGGCCUCAUCGUCACCACGCUCGAGGACAUACUGCAGGGCAUCAGCGAGCGGCUCCCAGUGCCAGGGGCCAAACUAGCCGGCAAAAUAAGGACCAAGAGUUCUUCGAUUUCGGCGAAAGGUAGCGGCAUCCGCACUGAAGCAAGAAACGUGGCCGCGAGGAGGCAAGCCAGCAACGUUCAGGUCCAUGGCAUCGCACAAGCACUGCAAGCCCUGCGCAAUCGCACCGUGUUCGCCCACGUGGCGGUGACGUCACGGCUCCACUGUCUGUUCCACAAGCGCUUCCUGAACUGGACGCGCACGUCAAUGACGCGAUCCAUGCGCUGGCUGCUCCCAGCCAUACUGCUCCUACUGGGAGGAUACCUCGAAAGCUCCAUGCUCGCCCCCAGCGCAGGACUCGACGUGACGCUUCCCUAUACCGUGCACAGCAUCGUCGGCGACGGCGCCAUGGGCUUCUGCGGGGCCACCAAGGACGGACACUUCAAGGUUAGUGUUCUGUUUUACCUCUAAAAGCAGCACUUCGGGCAGUAUACUUCGUAAAGAGCCAACUGCAACAAAAUUUCACUUGGGCUAAAUUAAUUAUAAAUAAGUGGUAUGUGCUAUCGAAACAA